AUGUCAUUUGAAAGAACAGAUAUCUAUAGUGCACAUGUCUUACCUGGAGAAGAACCAGAAGAUAAUUCAUUCAAUGAAGUUAUUAAAGCUUUUAGAUCUUUUAUAUUAGAAUUCAGAUUAGAUUCACAAUUCAUUUAUAGAGAUCAACUAAGAGAAAACUUAUUAAUCAACAAUUAUUUCUUAAAAGUAAAUUCUGAACAUCUUAUUGGUUUCAAUGAAGAAUUAAAUAAAAAAUUAACUGAUGAUCCAGCUGACAUGAUUCCAUUAUUCGAAUCGGCAAUUACUGAUAUUGCUAAAAGAAUUGCUUAUUUAUCAAAUGAAGAAGUACCUCAAGAUUUCCCCAACUGUCAAUUAAUCUUGUAUUCAAAUGCCAACAAAACUUCAAUUAGAAAUUUAGAUUCUGAACAUAUUUCCAAAAUUGUUAGAGUUAGUGGUAUUAUCAUUUCGGCAUCCGUCUUAUCUUCAAGAGCUACUCAAGUUCAAUUAAUUUGUCGUGCAUGUAAACAUACGAUGAAAAUGAAGGUUAGAUCAGGAUUUGGACUGAUUCAAUUACCUAAAUGUCAAAGUACUCAUAAUAUUGAUACAAAUUCCACUCAAGAAAAAUGUCCACCUGAUUCUUAUGUUAUCGUUCAUGAUAAAUCAACCUUUGUUGAUCAACAAGUGUUGAAAUUACAAGAAUCUCCAGAUAUGGUCCCAGUGGGUGAAAUGCCUAGACAUAUCUUAUUACAAGCUGAUAGAUAUUUGACUAAUCAAGUUGUUCCAGGUACUAGAGUUACCAUUGUCGGUAUUUAUUCUAUUUUCCAAGCUAAACAACGUGGUGGAAACAACAGUAAUGUGGCUAUUCGUAACCCAUAUUUAAAAGUCUUAGGAGUCCAAACUGAUAUUGACAAUGGUACCAACGGUAUUGGUAUAAGUUUUAGUGAAGAAGAAGAAGAAGAAUUUUUGAAAUUAUCAAGAUUACCAAACUUAUAUGACGUCUUUUCUAAUUCUAUCGCUCCUUCAAUUUAUGGAAAUAAAGAUAUCAAGAAGGCUAUUGUCUGUUUAUUAAUGGGAGGAUCUAAGAAGAUUUUACCUGAUGGUAUGAGAUUAAGAGGUGAUAUUAAUGUCUUAUUAUUGGGUGAUCCAGGUACUGCCAAAUCCCAAUUAUUAAAAUUCGUGGAAAAGAUCGCUCCAAUCUCAGUAUAUACUUCAGGUAAAGGUUCUUCGGCUGCCGGUUUAACUGCAUCCGUUCAAAGAGAUACGCAAACCCGUGACUUCUAUUUAGAAGGUGGUGCUAUGGUCUUAGCUGAUGGUGGGGUUGUUUGUAUUGAUGAAUUCGAUAAAAUGAGAGAUGAAGAUCGUGUGGCAAUUCAUGAAGCUAUGGAACAACAAACUAUUUCCAUUGCUAAAGCUGGGAUUACUACUGUUUUGAAUUCCAGAACUUCGGUAUUGGCAGCUGCAAAUCCUGUUUUUGGUAGAUAUGAUGAUUUCAAGAGUCCUGGUGAAAAUAUUGAUUUCCAAAGUACAAUCUUAUCGAGAUUUGAUAUGAUUUUUAUUGUGAAAGACGAUCAUAAUGAAUCUAGAGAUAUGUCAAUUGCUAAACAUGUUAUUAAUGUUCAUGCUGGUGGGAAACAACAAGAACAACAACAAGAAGGAGAAAUCCCAAUUGAAACUAUGAAGAGAUAUAUCCAAUAUGCUAAAUUAAGAUGCGCUCCUCGGUUAAGUGCAGAAGCUGCUGAAAGAUUAUCUUCUCAUUUUGUCUCCAUUAGAAGAAGAUUACAAAUCAAUGAAGCGGAAAUGAAUGAAAGAUCUUCUAUUCCAAUUACUGUGAGACAAUUAGAAGCUAUUGUACGUAUUACUGAAUCUUUGGCAAAAUUGAGAUUAUCUCCAGUUGCAACUGAAGAACAUGUUGAAGAAGCUAUUAGAUUAUUCACUGCUUCUACUAUGGAUGCUGUUGAUCAAGGAAUUAUUAGUGGUGGUGUAGGUAAUACUGAGCUUGAUACUGAAAUUAAGAAGGUAGAACAAGAAUUAAGAAGAAGAUUACCAAUUGGUUGGUCUACUGCUUAUAGUACAUUAGUCAGAGAAUUUGUUGAUUCUGGUAAGGCUAGUGCUCCUGCUUUAUCUAAAGCUCUUUAUAUCAUGGAAAGACAUGAAGUUAUUAAAUUCAGACAUCAAGGUCAAAAUGUCUUCCGUAUUGGAGUGUAA